UGUUGGCGCCGGAAGUGACGACGCGACAGAAUUUAAAUUCAGGCCGACCCGGGGAACGGACUGUCGCAUAAAAGUAAGACGAGGAACGCUGUGUGGUGUUGCAAAAGUCGUUAAACAAGAAAGAAAACGAACGAACAUGAGUGAGUUGGAGGAGAUCACCAUGCAUAUCACUGACAGGAUAUCAUCUUUGCAACGCAUGCUUGAACUCUCAACUGAUGUAAUUCCUCAAAACAGGCUUAAGAAAUUUGGGCAAGAAGUGUUUGUGCUUGAAGGACUACUUUAUGAGUUUGAAAAAUGUGUUGGGCGACAGCAUGACCACCUAAAGCAUUUACAGGAACUGGAGGGGACAUUCCAAAAGGAUUUGGAGGACAUGCAGCACCUUAAGGAGAAAAUGCCUGCACACAUGCCCAGGAGGAAACUGCCAGCAGUAAGUGAACCUGCACCAAGUCAGAAUGGAGCAGCAAUGGAGCUACAGCCGAGGCAACAGGAAAAUGUCCGAAAGACCAACAAGAGCCAGAUCAAAGAGAUGGAGUUUAUCUCCAUGCCAGAGUUUGAGAGCAUUCCUCAGUACAUGAAAGGACGCUUAACAUACAGUCAGCUUAAUGCUGCAGUUGAGAGCAUUAACAGAGCUUUGGCUGGGAAGUACAAGAUCCUCCACCAGUCUGUAAAGACCCUAAAUAACCAUUCACGCAGACUUUACCAGCGCUUCAAGGAAGAGGAGACCAAAAAUACAAAAGGUCAAUAUUUUGUGGUGGAGGCAGACAUUCGGGAAUUUGCUGAGAUAAAGGUGGACAAACGUUUCCAGGGAAUUUUGAACAUGCUGCGACACUGCCAGCGCAUACGGGAGCAACGAGGGGGAGGCCUCACCCGCUAUGUUUUACUAUGAAUGAAUGCUUGUCAAAUAAAGAGAAUAAAAAAGUUGAUA